AUGCACAGAGUCGGACGAUGGUUCGACCGCGGCCGCGCUUCGGUCAAUGCCUCAACGCACAGCCUAGAUUCGCUAGAAGAAUCUCAACAUUUGGAGACUGCUAUGCGAGCUGUAGACCUCGUCAUGGACGAUGACAUCAAGGGUGCUGAAAAAGGCCUUGCAGAGGGCAAUUCCUCCUUUCACAAGCUCGCCAAAGGCACCCUGGCUUUCAUGAAGGCUGCUUUGGGAUUCGAGCAGGAAUUUAUGAAGGAAGCUUCGGAAACGCUCUAUGAGGCCGAAUCGAGUGCGUCGGCCAGUCACUCGAGGGCUCAGCACGACUCGCGUGCUUUUCAGUCCACCAUCUACGAGAGGGGCUCGGAGUUUGCACUGUGCCAGGCAGAGGCGCAGAUCAUGUCUGCCGUGGUUGGUGUGCUCAAUGAGAGUCUGACAGAGUCUCUUCGAGGGUUCUACAAACUCCGCAAAGCAUAUAUCACCCUUGACAGCCUUGUGCAAAUGGAAGUCAACUUCAACCGAGCUCGGUCAAGGGGCAGUCUAUCAACUUCGAGAGAUCAGUCCACCGAAAGUUUGCGCUCAUCUAUUUCUGAGAAGUCGGCCCCCCCUUCCUCAGAACGGCUGGAACCCCAUUCUCAACAUCAAGUCCAACCAAGCCAUCCAUCUGCCCUCAGAAAUGCGGAGGCUCUCGGUGCUACGCCAGAUAGUGCUUCUGAUGAUGAGUUCCACGAAGCAGACGAAACGAACACAGCUACAGAGAAAUAUAAUGGCCGCCUGGAGGUGGAGGUGGAAUCGGACCACGCGGCCGAGUUAGACCUGGAGAUUGAGCGAAUGAAUGAAUUGCCACCAGAAGCCAUGCUGAACCGGUCGACAACAGCGACGUUGGGGUUGCUCACAGAAGGGCCCGAAUCGGAAGUUUUUAGCAACUCCCUCGACGUCUUCAUCCACUCGGGCACUAAUCUCAUGUCUGGCCUAUUGGCGCUCCUCAUCUCUAUCAUUCCUCCGGCUUUCAGCAAACUCCUGUACAUAGUUGGAUUCCGAGGUGAUCGAGAACGAGGAAUUCGAAUGCUGUGGCAGGCAAGCAAAUUCUCCAACAUUAAUGGCGGGAUGGCAAGCUUGAUCUUGUUUGGUUGGUACAAUGGCCUAGUUGGUUUCUGCGAUAUCAUUGCGGACGUGGAUCCCUCUAACCCAGACGAUGUCGAAGGUUAUCCUACGAAACGCCUCGAAACACUCCUGGUCGAAAUGAGGAAGAGAUACCCUAACAGUAAUCUCUGGGUCGUGGAGGAAGCAAGAACAGCAGCCUCCAAAAGGAACCUUGAUCAAGCCUUGUCCAUUCUCGCCGCUCCCGGCAAGAGUCAACUCAAGCAGAUCGAAGCGCUGCACAUGUUCGAGAAGAGUUUGAGUGCCAUGCACGCCCACAGGUACAAAUUGUGUGCAGACUCCAUACUAGCAUGUGUGGACCUCAAUGCGUGGUCUCGUGCUUUGUACUACUACAUCGCCGGCGCCGCGCACCUUUGCUUCUACCGUCAUGACAAAACUCUCACCAGUAAAGACAGAGAAAACCAUGCCAAGCUGGCUGAGGAACUGUUCAAAACAGCGCCAACCAAAGUAGGGAAAAAAAAGAUGAUGGGUAGGCAACUCCCGUUCGACAUCUUCGUGGUGCGCAAAAUCUCGAAAUGGGAAGAACGUGUGUCUCGUUGGAACUGCAGUUUCGUUGAUGCAAUCGGUGUCAGUCCUCUUGAUGAGAUGAUAUUCCUGUGGAACGGCUUCAAGAAAAUGGAUGAGCCGCAGCUGCAGAAAUCCUUGGACAAUCUUGCCUGGUCCGAAAGCACAACCUACUGGGAUAAGGAAGAUAUCGAUGAAUACGCAAUCCUUGAUAUCCUGAGGGCCGUCAUCUUCAGAAAUCUCCGCCGGCAUGAGGAAUCGAUAGAUCUGUUGAAACGGAAGCUGUUGAGUCAAGGGGCCCAUGAGUUCAGGGGUUUGAACAAGGAUGACUGGAUGGCGCCGUCCGCACAUCAUGAAAUGGCGGUUAAUCUGUGGAUGCAGAGGACAGGCUACACUCAGCAACAUGGGGCGGCGUUCCCCACAAAUCCCUCCGAACAGAUGCCUCCGCUGGAUCUCACACAUGAUGCAAAGUUGGUUCAAGAAGCAAAACACCACCUAGAAAAGGCAAAAGGCUGGGACAAGUACGAGCUUGAUGCUCGACUGGGCCUCAAAAUCACGGCCGCGCUCGGUGCUGUAAAGAAAUGGGAACAGAAGCAUGCGAAUGCGCUGCGAUGA